AUGGUGACGGUAAUUGUAGUCGGAGGUCCAGCAGGAACAGGCAAGACUACGCAGGGCGUGUUAUUAUCGCAAUACUACCAAUGCCCCUUUAUAGAAGGAGACCAACUACAUCCGCAAUCCAACAUCGACAAGAUGUCGCGCGGUGAAGCACUAACAGACGAGGACCGUUGGGGUUGGCUCGCGCAGAUAUCGAAGGUCGCCUCAACGAAAGCGCAACUGGAUCCCUCGCAUUUGAGCGUUGUCUCAUGUUCAAUGUUGAAGCGCAAGUAUCGCGAAUACAUCAAGCAACAAGCUGCUGCUGCUGGUGGUGGUGGUGGUCCAGAUAUCAAGUUUAGAUUUGUGUUUUUGUAUACUAAUUUCGACGAAUUGAUGGAGCGUGUCGGGGCGCGCGUGGGCCAUUUCAUGAAGUCUGAUAUGGUGCGGUCCCAGUACGAGAUCAUGGAGAUUCCACACGGUGGCGAGUUGUUGCAAAAUGGAGGCGAGGCUGUUGCUGUUGAUACCAGUGGCAAGAGCCGCGAGACGAUCUUCAAGGAGGUUCUUGGUGAUUUCGAGUUGCCGGAUGAAGAUAAGCGUCAGGAGCCAGUGAAGUAG